AUGCCACCCAUGGCGAGCUCUAUACACCCCGACUUUCGGGACGAUGUCACCGCAGCGCAAGCUCGUGCGGCAGACGAGAAAACGGAAUGCCUAUUCUUCGAACAACAGCUUGCGAAAAGAGCUGGAGAUAUGGACCGCUAUAUGCAGCUUGCCCAAGAGAUGUUACAAACUCGACUAGGCGUUUACAAAUCUGACUCGAUGCCAGUUGGCGAUGCCUGGUAG